AUGUCAUAUUUAACGAAAGGAUUUAAAUGUCACAGUCCUGUGAUGUGCAAAGUGGCAGGAAGCCUGUUUAAAGCACACGCGUUAAAGAACGCGUUCGGCAUCAACGAACAAUUCAAAAUUUCCCGUGCCUCAUCCCAGCUGAGCUCAGAAAAGGCAAACUCUUAUAAUUACAUCAUUGUGGGAGCUGGCUCAGCAGGCUGUGUGCUGGCCAACAGGCUGACAGAAGACCCGCAGAGCACUGUGCUGCUUUUGGAAGCGGGCCCCAAGGACACCCUGCUGGGCAGCAAAAGGCUGAUGUGGAAGAUCCACAUGCCUGCUGCCUUAACCUACAACCUGUGCGAUGAGAAGUACAACUGGUGCUACCACACCGCUCCGCAGAGGCACAUGGAGGGCCGGGUGAUGUACUGGCCCCGCGGCAGGGUGUGGGGCGGCUCCUCCUCUCUCAAUGCCAUGGUCUACAUCCGCGGGCACGCCGAGGACUACAACCGCUGGAGCAGGGAGGGGGCUCUGGGCUGGGACUAUGAGCACUGCCUGCCCUAUUUUAAGAAGGCACAGACACACGAACUGGGGCCGGAUCAGUACAGAGGUGGGAACGGCCCCCUGCACGUGUCAAGAGGGAAGACGAACCAUCCUCUCCAUCAGGCGUUCCUGGAGGCUGCCCAGCAAGCCGGGUAUCCCUUCACAGAUGACAUGAACGGCUACCAGCAGGAAGGCUUUGGCUGGAUGGACAUGACUGUACACCAAGGUCAAAGAUGGAGCACAGCUAGUGCUUAUCUUCGCCCAGCCAUAUCACGCCCAAAUUUCUCAGUUGCAGAGAAGACAUUUGUAACACAAAUCUUGUUCCAAGGAACAAAAUGCAUUGGUAUUGAGUAUGUGAAAAAUGGGCAGAGGAAAAAGGUUUUUGCCAAUAAGGAAGUUAUUUUAAGUGCAGGUGCCAUAAAUUCUCCCCAGCUGCUUAUGUUGUCUGGAAUUGGAAAUGCAGAUGAUCUGAAAAAACUGGGGAUCCCUGUUGUUUGCCAUCUUCCUGGAGUAGGCCAGAACCUGCAAGAUCACUUAGAAGUGUACGUCCAGCAGAAGUGCACCAAACCUAUUACUCUGUAUAGUGCACAAAAGCCACUGAACAUGGUGAGGAUUGGUCUCGAGUGGCUUUGGAAAUUUACAGGUGAGGGAGCCACUGCCCACCUGGAAUCUGGUGGUUUCAUCCGGAGUGAACCGGGAGUUCCUUACCCCGACAUUCAGUUCCACUUUCUUCCCUCCCAGGUGAUUGACCACGGGCGGGUUGCUUCCACAAUGGAAGCUUACCAGGUCCAUGUGGGACCCAUGAGGAGCACAAGUGUGGGCUGGCUGAAGCUGAAGAGUUCAGACCCAAAGGACCACCCCAUCAUUGAGCCCAACUACCUGUCAACAGAAAGAGAUGUUUGGGAAUUCCGCCAGUGUGUCAAGUUGACCAGAGAGAUCUUUGCUCAGAAAGCUUUUGAAAAAUUUCGUGGGCCUGAAAUUCAACCAGGAAACCAUGUUCAGUCUGACGAAGAAAUAGAUGCUUUCAUAAGGCAGAAGGCUGAUACUGCUUAUCACCCCUCCUGCACCUGUAAAAUGGGUCAGCCUUCAGACAGCACCGCUGUAGUGGAUCCCCAGACAAAAGUAAUUGGGGUUGAAAACUUGAGAGUAGUUGAUGCUUCAAUAAUGCCCAGUGUUGUCACUGGAAACUUGAAUGCCCCAACUAUCAUGAUAGCAGAGAAAGCUGCAGAUAUAAUUAAGGGCCUCCCAUCACUUCAGGAGAAAAAUGUUCCUGUAUAUAAGCCCAAGACCUUGGAAACACAGAGAUAA